GGGUGGCAGCAGCUAGCCUACAUUGCUCUUCUGCGUUCUCCCACAACGUAAACAGCAAAGGUGCUCGAAAGAAAGGAGGCGCAUUUUUGUAUUUUCGGCUGCUUGGGAACACAUAAACAGGUACGCUGGACUUUUCCGAGACCCACUCUGACAUGUCUUAUGUCUUCAUCAACGACUCGUCGCAGACCAGCGUGCCCCUACUGCAGGCGUGCAUCGACGGUGACCUGAGCUACUCCAAGCGGCUGCUGGAGACGGGCUGCGACCCCAACAUCCGCGACAGCCGGGGGCGCACCGGCCUGCACCUGGCCGCCGCCCGCGGCAACGUGGAGAUCUGCCGCUUCCUGCACAAGUUCGGCGCCGACCUGCUGGCCACCGACUACCAGGGCAACACCGCGCUGCACCUGUGCGGCCAUGUGGACACCAUCCAGUUCCUGGUGUCCAACGGCCUCAAGAUCGACAUCUGUAACCACAAUGGGUCGACCCCUCUGGUGCUCGCAAAAAGAAGGGGGGUGAACAAGGACGCCAUCCGCCUGCUGGAGGGGCUGGAGGAGCAGGAGGUGAAGGGUUUCAACCGAGGGACUCACUCCAAGCUGGAGACCAUGCAGAUGGCUGAGAGCGAGAGUGCAAUGGAGAGCCACUCACUCCUCAACCCCAACCUGCAGAACAGUGAGGGGGUGCUGUCCAGCUUCCGCACCACCUGGCAGGAAUUUGUGGAGGACCUGGGCUUCUGGAGGGUGCUCCUCCUGCUGGUGGUCAUCGCCCUCCUGUCCCUGGGCAUCGCCUACUACGUCAGUGGGGUGCUGCCCUUUGCUGCCAACCAGCUGGAGCUGGUUCACUGAGGCUGGGGGGUGGGGGCAGGGGCGCGGCAGGGGAGAGACAACUUGAGAGGCUGGAAGGGGGGCUGAGUAGUGUGGCUGUCUGUGGUUUGGAUUUCUUUUCCCUUUUUUUUUUUUAGUUUAAAAAGUCAUGAUCAAUCUCAAGGCCAAGUCUUCAAAUCCCUCACCUCCCUGGCCCCUAUCCUCUAGUCCAGUAAAUCUGUCAUCCUUAGGGCUGAAGUGCAGUGACGUUUCCCAUGGUAACCGGGAAUGAUGCGGACGGCGAUGGCCAGCCGGUGCCUGGAAAACAGUGCUGCCUUUCAUUAAGUGAUUGCUACAUGUGGAAGCAGGGUCAAGUUCUCCUGUUCUUUAAGCUUCCAGUACCAGCAUCUGGUGCAUGUUCCCUUGCUGUCAUCACUUACGCUUUAAACUAACCAUUGUAUGGUUGGUCUUUGUCAUUCAUCGUGGACUAUAUGUUUCUGUUAUCCUCCUCUCAUGUAGACCUUCCUUCUGUUAUCACAAGACACUUUGAAGGAUGUAUUUAUUUAAAGUAAUUAAAUUAGUCCUCUGUUAGAAUUUGUCGUGAUGGUGAUCCAUCGGGAACAACCAAGAAAAUGUGUCUCUUUCUUAAGGCUGUUUCUCUUGGGUUUCUUCCAGGCUUCUCUUUCUCAUGCAUCCUUAACAGAGGUCAUCAGAGUGACAGUUAAAAGUUCAAAACUGCUAGUGCUGAGAGUGUUGCUGCUGUGUUCAGAAUGGGAUUCCUUGUUUAAUUCUCGAUUAAAGUCUGUGGCCGAACAGCUGUCUGGUCAGUGAAGUGUUGCUCGGUAUUUCAGUUUCUUUGGUUUGUGUUGUUGAUGUUACCUUGGCUACAUGCAGUAGACUAAUGUUAAAUUGUGUUGAAUUUGUUACAGCCUUAUUGGUACCAUGACAUGAAUGUUAGUCGCGGACUACUUCUUUAUUGUGCUGUUCCCCACAAUAUCUUGUCCAAUGAUGGAAAACCAUGGUGUCUACCUGAGCAUUAAUUCCAUAUCUAAUUGUACUGAAUGUUCUUUAGAUGGAUGCAGCUAAAAUUUAAUAUCCCAGUGCUUGGCUGGUACAAUGACAUCAAUAAAAUCAUGUAAAGGUUGGGGAGUGCCACUCUCUAUAGAUAUUGCUUUUCCUAAUAUGUUCCAUUUUGUGCUCAAAUAUGCCAAGUCACUUAAAAUACAGUACAACUCUUUACACCAUGCAACGGUGUGCUUAUUUACAACCUGACAAGUAUUGGCCAAAAUAGCUGAUGAAGAUUUGAAGCAUUCCAGUAACUUUAUUGGUUUUCCAUACUUACUUUCCCAUGCUUCAGAUUAACAUAUAAACUGGAGGCCUGUAAAUCAUGUAGGAUUGUGUUAUGUUUUUCACAUGGUUAUGUUGUAAUUUUGUAGCAAACCAUUAACAGUGUUAUAUGUUGUAGAAU